AUGGCCAACGACGUCCCCACCUCGUUCAAACUCAACACGGGCGCGUCCAUUCCUGCCGUCGGGCUGGGAACUGGAAGUCGGAGCCGGGCAAGGUUGCUGCUGCACAUCCAGAACGAGCAUCCAGAACAAAGGACACUGGCCGGCAUGUCACAGAAGGCAGAGAAUGCCGAGGAUGCAUCCGGCCACAACACCCCCCACACCAUCCCUCACCCCCCGACGAGUUUGGCUGACGUGAAGCGUCUCGCAUGCUCUCAAGAACGGAUACCGAUCUUUGGACUGCGCGCUCGUGUAUGUCGGUCCGGGUGGAACAGAGUAGAUGGAUGGAGUGGUUUCAAACUGGGUGGUUGGGAUUGGGAUUGCAACGAGAACGAGGUCGGCCAGGGCAUCAAGGACUCUGGCGUCCCGCGCAAGGACAUCUUCCUGACCUCAAAGCUGUGGUGCACGUACCACGACCGCGUCGAGGAGUGUCUCGAGAAGACGCUCGCCGCCCUGCAGACAGACUACCUGGACCUGUACCUGGUGCACUGGCCGGUGCGCACGGUGGAGAACGGGACGAACGAGAUGUUCCCCGUCAAGGAGGACGGGAGCCGCAACAUCGAUCGCCAGUGGGACCAGGCGGACACGUGGCGCGCGAUGGAGAAGGUGCUCGCGAGUGGCAAGGUCAAGGCGAUUGGUGUGUCCAACUUUUCCAAGCUGUACCUCGAGCGCCUGAGCAAGACGUGGAAGACGGUCCCCGCCGUCAACCAGGUCGAGCUCCACCCCUACAACCCGCAGCACGGGCUCAAGGCCUACUGUGACGAGAAGGGCAUCGUGCUCGAGGCGUACUCGCCCCUCGGAUCGAAUGACUCGCCGCUGCACGAGGACCCCGUCGUGCAGGCCGUGGCGAAGAAACACGACGUGUCCCCCGCCACGGUCCUGAUCAGCUACCAGGUGAACCGCGGCGUCGUCGUGCUCCCCAAGUCGGUCACGCCGUCGCGCAUCGACGCCAACGCCAAGGUCAUCAAGCUCGACGCCGACGACAUGAAGCAGCUCGACGGCCUCGCCGCCGACGGCAAGCAGAGGCGCUUCGUCUCGCCCCCCUGGGGCACCGACUUUGGGUACGACGACUGGUUUGGCCCGGACAACAAGGACGCGCCAGAGGGCACCGUGUUUGAGAGCCGGGGGGAGACUUUUGCGUAA